CUAUACUGGAGAGAGGGAGCUAGGGAGCACAGCUCAGCUGUCAAAACUGGGUGGAUUAUCAUCGUUUUUGACAAUUACGAAUCUCCCAAUUAAAGAAAACUAAUUUUCGUUUUCCAAUGUUUCGAUAAAAUAUUAAGCUUCGACGAUGGCUUUUCUGGAAGUACGUCAUUUUAUGUAUUAAUAAUCUCCAUGAAAAUUCUACCAAAAAUUAGUCUGAAAAUUUUCAAAUCUUUCAGUGGCGUCGCUUCAAUUUUUUCGAACUCAAAAAAGAUGUGGAUUCCGGAAAAAUUGCCGAAGCUCUUGGGGAAGCUCGUGUAACAGCAGGAACAAGUGGGAAUGGACACUUGGUAUUCGGAGAUAAUAUUGGCAAUGUUCAUUUAGUAAAUAGACAGUAUGAAAUUCUAACAUUUAGGGCAUACGAAACCAGCUUGACUGCUGCACAGCAAGUCCAAAACUCCACAUUCCUUUUCACAAUUGGCGAAGAUGAACCUGGAUGUAAUCCAACUAUCAAAGUAUGGAAUUUGGCAAAAAAAGAUAAACAGGGAUAUCCUACCUGCGUUCGAAUAAGUAGAGCCAUACCUAGUUAUAGAGCAGUUCCAGCCAGUGCAUUAUGUGUUCACUCGAGUUUAACCUUAAUGGCUGUAGGAUUUGAAGAUGGAUCCAUAAUGUUGUAUAGAGGGGAUUUAACAAGAGAAAGAAAGAACAAAAUUAAAGUUUUAAAAGACAGCAGUGCUGUUGUAACAGGACUUGCGAUUAAGUCCACUGGAAAACAAACUUAUUUAUUUGUAGCUACUACUAAUAGUGUUUAUCUAUAUAAUAUUACAAUAAAAGAUAAGGAAUUUAAAUCUGCUUUGGAUAAUAUGGGCUGUGCGAGAAAAUGCAGUAUUCUUGCAGAAUCAAAGCAAGAUAGUCAUUUUAUGAUUAGUCGCAAUGACGCUAUUUAUUGUUAUACUCCAGAUGGAAGAGGACCAUGCUAUGCAGUAGAAGGCCAAAAAAUAAUGUUAGAAUGGUUUAGAAGUUAUUUAGUUAUAAUUACCAAAGAUACAGGAAUAGUUAACAGAACUGCAACUACUGUAUCCGCAAAACCAAGCACUAUAGAACCUAUACCUCCUGGAGCUGAUAAACAUAUGAUUACUGUUCUUGAUAUUCAAAACAAAUUUAUUGUAUUUUCGGCAUCUAUGUUAUCGGUUCAAGCUGUUUUAUCAGAAUGGGGAGGAUUCUUUAUAUUGAGCGGAGACUCUAAAUUAUAUCAUUUGGAUGAAAAAGAUUUGCAAUCUAAGCUAGCAUUACUUUUUAAAAAAAAUUUAUAUGAUGUUUCUAUCAGAAUAGCAAAAAAUCAACAUUAUGAUACAGAGGGACUUGUAGAUAUUUUUCGCCAAUAUGGUGAUCAUCUUUAUUCAAAAGGUGACCAUAAUGGUGCAAUAGAACAGUAUAUCAAAACUAUAGGAAAACUUGAGCCAUCUUAUAUUAUCAGGAAAUUUUUGGAUUCCCAACACACAGAUUAUUUAACAACAUAUUUACAGGCUUUACAUAAACAAGGUCAAGCAACUGAAGAUCAUACAACGUUAUUAUUAAACUGUUAUACAAAACUGAACCACACAGAUAAAUUAAAAGAAUUUAUCAUGACAAAAGAUCGUGAGGUGGAUUUUGAUGUUGAAAUAGCUAUAAAAGUAUGUCGACAAGGUUCUCCUGAAGAUGCUUUACUGCUAGCACAAAAGCAUGGGAAACAUGAGUGGUAUCUCCGCAUUCAAAUAGAAGAUAAAACUGAAUACAAGAAAGCUUUAGAAUAUAUAGCUACUUUAGAUUUUGAAGAAGCAGAAAUGAACAUGAAGAAGUAUGGGAACAUUCUUAUUGAAAACGUUCCCAAUGAGGCAACUCAAUUUUUAAAAAUUCUUUGUACAAAUUAUAUACCAACUAAUAAAGCAUUACCAGAAAAGGAGCAAUCUGUUGAAAAGGCUAAUCCUGAAGAUUUUAUACAUUUAUUUUUGAAUAAUUCUGAACGGCUUGUUGAAUUUUUGGAACAUUUAAUAAAGACUGAUAGCAAAUGGAGUACACCAGUAUACAAUACUUUAGUUGAGCAUUAUUUGCAUGUUUGGUCUUCAUUAAAUGAAGAAAUAUCCAAAUUGCAAUACGAACAAAAAGUUGUUCGUCUAUUACAAAAUUCAAAUGCUUGCUACGACAAAGACCAAAUAUUAAUAUUGUGCCAUCAACAUAACUUUAGGCGAGGAGUGCUUUAUCUAUACGAAGAAAGAAAAUUAUAUCAAGAAAUAUUGCAGUAUCAUUUACGUGAAGGAGAUAGUGAACAAGUUUUAGCUACUUGCAAUAAAUUUGGUCGUCAAGAUCCAAAUUUAUGGAUUCAAGCUCUUUGGAGUGUUGCUUGGAACAAAAAUUCACCACCUAAAUUAUUAUCAGAUAUCCUUGAUUAUAUAGCUAAGGAAAAAUUAUUAUCACCAUUGAUGGUAAUUGAUGCUCUAUCAACGUCAUUAACUUGUACUCUUGGAGAUGUUCGAGGUUAUUUAAACAGUGUAUUACGCCAAGAGCAUGAACAAGUACAAUCUGACACCGAGUUGACAGAAAAAUAUCGAGCAGACACAGAAAAAUUAAGAGAACAAAUACAAACUAUCAAAAACAGUACAAUUAUAUUUCAAGGGUCACGUUGUAGUGCUUGUCACCAUCAGUUAGAAUUACCAUCUGUACAUUUUAUGUGCCAACAUUCUUAUCACCAACACUGCUUUCAGAGUUUUUCAGAAAAUGAAAACGAAUGUCCAGCAUGCAUGCCAGAUAAUAAGAAGUGGUUAGAUAUUAUAAGAGUACAAGAACAAUCCAAAGAUCUCCAUGAAACUUUUCAUAGUUUAUUAGACAGAGCAGAAGAUCCUUUUUCAUUAGUAGCAGAUUACUUUGGUCGUGGAGUUUUUAAAAAACUGAUGGUUAUUACUGAGUGGCAACAAUCUCAAGUGACUAAACGACCAGUUAAGCAAGAACAAAAAUCAAAUUACAACAGCUAUGGACCUGGUGCAGAAGCAAAAAUUCGAUUAACAGAGGGGAAAAAUACUGCAUUAGUUAAAACAGAACAACGUCGUAACGAUCCUUUUUCGUCCCAAUCAACAUCAAGCAAUUUGUUAUGUGCAAUAAAUAAACAAGAUGUUUAUUCUUCAUCAUUAGAAGCUAAUAUUGCAGGGAGUAGUUUUUCAACACCGCAAAAUAGUACAAGAAAAGAAUCUCCUGUACCAAUCCGUGAAGCCAGAAUUAUUAAUAACCCAACACCAAAAUCUUCUCCAGCUGAAAAAGCAUUCAUUCCACCUAAAACACCAAUUGUACCAUCUAAUCCUUUCAUAGAAGAUUAUGAUGAGUCAAAAAAUCCAUUUGCAGAGGAAGAUGAUGAUGACAAAAAUAAUCCCUUCAAAGAUGACUAUGAUGAUGACUACGAUAAAAAUUUGAAUCGAUUUACGAAUUGAUUUACUGAAUUAAAUUUGUGUGCAUUGUACAGAUAUUAUGCAUCAAUAAUAUGGUUCAAUACAGCGACGUUACUUUUUCACCCUUUAAUAUGUAUUAUUACUUAUCAUAGAUUUUAUGUAAAAUAAUAUAUAUUUAUAUAUGUAUGUAUGUUAUUUUUAUUAGUCAAAAUUUCAAAAAAUUAUUUCAUAUAUUUGUACAUACAGUUUUCAGUUCUCUAAUAAAUUGUGUUAUAUAAAGAACUAACUAA